CAUGGGACUAACUAGUAAGUUGGCAAUCCUUCGUCACCCUCCUCGUCACGACCUUCUUCUUCUUCUUCGAAGAAAUCCUUCAUUGCCACGUUUACCCCUCUUUACAGUUCCACAGCUGCAAGCCUGGUCGAGUCUGAGCAGUAGCAGUUACACUACUACUAGUAUUAGCUUUCAUAACAGUAACAGUAGUAGUAGUAUCAAAGGCGGCAGCGGAAUAAAAGCUUUCUCGGAAUCAGCAAGUUCAACAAUGGUCAAGGCUAUCAGGGUUCACGAACCUGGCGGCCCAGAGGUUCUGAAAUGGGAAGAUGUGGAAGUUGGGGAGCCGAAGGAAGGGGAGAUCAAAGUGAAAAACAAGGCUGUUGGACUAAACUUCAUUGACAUAUACUUCAGGAAAGGAGUUUACAAGGCAGCCUCACUGCCUUUUACUCCAGGAAUGGAAGCUGCUGGUGUGGUUAUAGCUGUGGGGCCUGGGCUAACUGGCAGAGAAGUUGGAGACCUAGUUGCCUAUGCUGGUAAUCCAAUGGGUGCAUAUGCAGAAGAACAAAUACUUCCUGCGGACAAAGUAGUACCAGUUCCUACUUCAAUUGACCCUAUUAUUGCGGCUUCUAUCAUGCUUAAAGGAAUGACAACUCAAGUCUUAGUCCGUCGCUGUUUCAAAGUUGAGCCUGGACACACGGUUCUUGUUCAUGCAGCUGCAGGGGGUGUUGGGUCACUGUUGUGCCAGUGGGCAAAUGCCCUUGGUGCAACUGUCAUUGGAGCUGUUUCAACCAAAGAGAAGGCAGCUCAAGCAAAGGAUGAUGGAUGUCAACAUGUCAUAAUCUACAAGGAUGAGGAUUUUGUUACUCGUGUUAAUGAGAUAACAUCAGGCAAAGGAGUUGAAGUAGUCUAUGAUUCUGUUGGCAAAGACACCUUUGAGGGGUCGCUAGCAUGCUUGAAACCCCGUGGGUACAUGGUUAAUUUUGGGCAGUCGUCUGGUAUGCCAGACCCAGUACCUUUGUCUGCUCUUGCAGCAAAGUCUCUAUUCUUGACUAGGCCUUCAAUGAUGCAAUACACUUCAACUCGGGACGAACUAUUGGAAACUGCAGGAGAAGUAUUUGCUAAUGUAGCAUCAGGUGUGCUGCGGGUUCGAGUAAAUCAUACUUAUCCCUUAUCCCAGGCUGCUCAGGCGCAUUCUGAUCUUGAGAGUCGAAAAACGUCUGGCUCUGUUGUUCUCAUACCAGACGCCGUUAAUCUGUGAGAACAUGGUAAUGUUUUCAUUGAUGUGUAAAACUCAGUUGUUGAUUCAAGGACUCUACCGCAUUUGUAUUGAGAAACAUCUAUGCAGCAAUAAAAUGGAUUAGACCUAUUAAUGUUUGGGUUGACAUGCU